AUGGCCAACGACAUUGCUCCAGGUGGCCAACUCACCACCACCUCCGACGUUGAGAACUUCCCCAGUUUCCCUGAUGGUAUUAACAGUAAUGAAAUCAUGGAUCGCUGCCGCGCCCAAUCCCUUCGCUUUAGCACCGAGAUCUUCAAUGAAACUAUCACCAAGGUCGAUUUUUCCUCUACUCCCUUCAAAGUCUUCACCGAUUUCAAGACUGUCUUGGCUGAUGCCGUCAUCGUCGCCACCGGCGCCGUUGCCAAGCGGUUGCCCUUCCCCGGCUCUGGCGACGUGUUUGUGAAUGGGAAAUUCUGCAAGGAUCCAAAGCUUGCAACGCCAAAUGAUUUCUUCUUUUCAGGGCUUCGUGUUCCAGGAAAUACAUCAAACAAACUUGGGUCCAUGGUCACACCAGCAAACGUGGCACAGAUACCUGGAUUGUUUGGAUCAAAGCCAGCAAUAUCAGCUUAUGUUCUCACAAAGGGCUUCCAAGUGGACAAGAAUGUGGUUGAGUAUCUUCAAUCUCAAUUCUGGACUGACAACCACACCUACUAG